AUGUGGUUAAAGUAUCAGCUGCAAACAACAAAUUUAUUUCAGCUCAGAGUUCGUCCACAGCUUGAAGGUGUGUUUACAUCAGUCCAUUGUCUCCUGCAGAUUCUCAGUCUCCAUUUGUGUUUCUGUUUAACUCACUCAUCACUGUCCUGUUUAUUCUUCAACUUCACUUCUGUGCACCUUGACUGUACAAGCGAGUACACACACACACACACACACACGCACACACACACACACACACACACACACACACACACACGCCUGUGUUGCUGUGUGUUGAACAGGAAGUUGAAGCUGGAGAGCGAGCUGGCGGCUCAGCUGUGGAGAGUUUGUUGGGAUGACGUCCAGAUGAGUAACCUGGAUAAAGUCCUGAAGAGAACCUGCAGCAGACUCACCAUGUCUCUGAAAGGAUCCAACUACGGCUCCCUGAUGACCAUGGAGGGGAACUUCCAGAUCUACACCAAAACUGGAUACUACAAGGGAAACCUGGCAGCCAUCAAGUACAUCAACAAGAAACGCAUCGAAUUGACCCGGAAGGUUCUGUUUGAACUGAAGCACAUGCGAGAUGUUCAGAAUGAACACCUGACCCGCUUCAUCGGCGCCUGUUUGGACCCACCCAACAUGUGUGUCAUCACCGAAUACUGUCCCAGAGGCAGCCUUCAGGACUUAAUGGAAAGCGACAGCAUCACACUGGAUUGGAUGUUUAGAUACUCUCUCAUCAAUGAUAUCGUCAAGGGGAUGGCGUUCAUCCACAACAGUGUCAUCAUCUCCCACGGCAACCUGAAGUCAUCCAACUGUGUGGUGGACAGUCGCUUCGUCCUCAAAAUCACCGACUACGGACUGCAGAGUCUGAGGACGAGCAGCUGUCCUGAAGACACACACGCCUACUAUGCACGGAAGCUGUGGACAGCUCCGGAGCUGCUGAGGACAGACUGUCCUCCCCUCUGUGGGACUCAGCGGGGGGACGUCUACAGCUUUGGGGUGAUUCUGCAGGAGGUGGCUCUGCUCAGAGGAGUUUUCUACUUGGACUCCCAGUCCCUCAGUCCCAAAGAGAUCGUCCAGGCGGUGACUCAGGGUGGUGUCCCUCCUCUUCGUCCGUCUCUUUGUGUCCACAGUCACAGUGAGGAGCUCAGUGUCCUGAUGCAGCGCUGCUGGAGCGAAGAGCCGAGCGACAGACCGGACUUCAACACCAUCAAGCUCUUGCUGAGGAAGCAGCACAGAGGUUAUGGUUCCAACAUCCUGGAUAACCUUCUGUCUCGGAUGGAGCAGUACGCCAACAACCUGGAGGAGCUGGUAGAGGAACGAACUCAGGCUUAUCAUGAGGAGAAACGCAAAGCUGAGGCUCUGCUGUACCAGAUACUACCACAUUCUGUAGCGGAGCAGCUGAAACGAGGUGAGAUGGUUCAGGCCGAAGCGUUCGACUCUGUCACCAUCUACUUCAGCGACAUCGUCGGUUUCACCGCAAUGUCUGCUGAGAGCACACCACUGCAGGUUGUGACCUUGUUAAACGAUCUCUACACCUGCUUUGAUGCCAUCAUUGACAACUUUGAUGUUUACAAGGUGGAGACGAUUGGCGACGCCUACAUGGUGGUGUCCGGUUUGCCGGUCAGGAACGGGAAGCUUCACGGGCGGGAAGUCGCCCGGAUGUCGCUCGCCCUGCUGGACGCCGUCAAGAGCUUCAAGAUGCGACACCGAGCUGAACAGCAACUCCGGCUGCGCAUAGGCAUCCACAGUGGUACCACAAAGCACUGCAGUACUAGAAGUACUGCAAAACUACAGCACUACAACUACCACAAAACACUAGAGUAGUAAGAGUACUACGAAACACUACAGUAUUACUGCUCCUACAAAGCACAUCAAUACCAUAUGUACUACAAACCACUGCAUUACUACAACUACAACAAAGGUCUGCUGUGUUGCGACUCCUACCAUACACUACAGUACUGCAACUAGUACAAAACAGUACAGUACAAAGGGUACUAAAAAACACUA